ACACCUCUCACUUCAAACACGAGUCCUGACAAAACAGUUAGCACAGCUGAAACAACGGAAAUAACCAUGACAGAGCAGACAAUUGAGACAUUUGCGACAAGUUUGGCAAUAACAACCCAAACCACUUUAACUGCGUAUGCUUCAGGAUCUACAGAGGAUUCGAUGUUAGGCACAACAGAUCGGACCACCAUAGGAUCAGUCUUUACAACUGGUAGGCCAACUGAAACAUCCACCCUAGAAAAGUUAACAACACCAGAGACAAGUUCAGCAGCAGCCAAUAAAACACCUUACAGUACCCCCAUCUCUGCAUCUACGGAAGGCCUGACCUUACAAACAACAGCCUGGAUCACCGAAGAAGGAUCAACCCUUACAACUGGUGAGACAUUGGAAAUAUCCUCUACGGCAGGAGAGACAACAACAGCCACCAUUUCAAGCACAAAGCCAGACACAAUGACCAGUACAACUGAUAAAGCAGUGAGCACAUCUUUCCAGGAAACAAGUGCAACAUCAGAGACAAGUUCUUCACAGUGGACAACCAUUACUGAAACUGUUCCUUUCACUGCAGUGUCAGAAGCCCUAACAGCAAGUGCAACCAUUGGAUCUUCUUCCACUCAAGCUUCAACAUUUAAAACUGGUGGCCCAACUUAUACAUCCACCUUGUCAGCAGAGACAAUGACACCUCUCAUUUCAAACACGAGCCCUGACAAAACAGUUAGCACAGCUGAAACAACGGAAAUAACCAUGACAGAGCAGACAAGUGAGACAUUUGGGACAAGCUUGGCAAUAACAACCCAAACCACUUUAACUGCAUAUGCUUCUGGAUCUACAGAGGAUUCGAUGUUAGGCACAACAGAUCGGACCACCAUAGGAUCAAUCUUUACAACUGUUAGGCCAACUGAAACAUCCACCCUAGAAAAUUUAACAACACCAGAGACAAGUUCAGCAGCGGCCAAUAAAACACCUUACAGUACCCCCAUCUCUGCAUCUACGGAAGGCCUGACCUUACAAACAACAGCCUGGAUCACUGAAGAAGGAUCAACCCUUACAACUGGCGAGACAUUGGAAAUAUCCACUACAGCAGGAGAGACAACAACAGCCACCAUUUCAAGCACAAAGCCAGACACAAUGACCAGUACAACUGAUAGAGCAGUGAGCACAUCUUUCCAGGAAACAAGUGCAACAUCAGAAACAAGUUCUUCACAGUGGACAACCAUUACUGAAACUGUUCCUUUCACUGCAAUGUCAGAAGCCCUAACAGCUAGUGCAACCAUUGGAUCUUCUUCCACAGAAGCUAAGAUAUUUACAACUGGUGGGCCAACUUAUACAUCCACCUUGGCAGCAGAGACAACGAUACCUCUCACUUCAAACGUGAGCCCUGACACAACAGCUAGCACAGCUGAGACAACAGAAAUAACCAUCGCAGACCAGACAAGUGAGACACCUGAGACAAGCUUGGCAACAACAACCCAAACCACUUACACUCCCUUUGUUUCAGGAUUUACAGAGGGGUUGAUCUCAGGCACAACAGCUUGGACCACCAUAGGAUCAACCUUUACAACAGGUGGGCAGACUGAAACAUCCACCCCAGGAGAGUCAACAUCAUCACAGACAAGUUCGGGAGCUGCCACUCAAACCACUUACAGUAUCCCCAUCUCAGAAUAUACAGAGGAGCUGACCUCAGAAAAAUCAACUUGGACCAUUGAAGGAUCAACCCUUACUACUGGUGGACCAUCUGAUACUUCCUCCUCAGCAGGAGAGACAAUGACAUCUACCAUUUCAAGCAUGAACACAGUUGCCGGUACAACUAAAGGACCAGUGAGCACAUCUGCUCAGAAAACAAGUGCAACAUCUGAGACAAGUUCUUUACAGGGGACAGCCAUUACUGAAACUGUUACUUCCACAGCAACAACUCAAGCCCAAACAACAAGAGUAACCAGUAUAACUGACAGGCUAGUGAGCACAUCUGCCCAGCAAACAAGUACAACAUCAGAGACAAGUUCUUUACUGGGGACAACCAUUACUGAAACUGUUUCUUCCACUGCAACAACUGAAGCCCCAACAACAACAACUGAAACUACUACUAUUGUAUCUUUAACCAAUUCUGUGGGCACAACAGAUGUUACUUCAGAAUCAGAGCCAACACGCUUACCUAUCACAGGCCUUCCAGUUGUUACUUUGUCAUUAACCACAUCCUCAUUUACGGAAUCAUCAUAUUUUAGUACAGCAAUUUCACCUGUCUCAACUGAUGCAUCAAUACAAACAACUAUGCAGUCGACUGAAAAACCAACCUCUGGAGAAAUUGUGACAACUCCCAUUUCACAUACAAGCCCCAACUCUUUUGCAACUUCAACUAACAAAUCACCUAGCCCAACCGCUCAGGAGACAACUGAAAGCCAAAUCACAAUCACUCCUGACACUGGUUCUACCUCUAAAUCAUCUAUGGAAACAACUAUUGGACCAAGUGAUACAUCCACUUCGGGAAAGGAUAUCACAACUUCGAUUUUACAAAUAAGCACGGACUCCUCAGCAAACACAGCAGAGACAUUUAUAAGCACCACUCCUGAAAAAAGAACUGCAACACAAGUUACAGUUACACUUGACCUUAUACCUACAUCUGAAACUUUUUCAUCAACAACAGAAAAACAAACUUCCAUCGCUACACUUGUUUCUUCUUCUGGAUUAAGCAGCACAUCUGGUCUUUCCCAAAGCACAUCUGGCUUACCUGCAACAUCCAAUAUACUAAUUCCUACAAGUACCCCAGAUGUUUAUUGUAAAAAUGGUGGAACAGGAAAUCGCACAUUUGGCUGUACCUGUCCAAAAAACUGGAUUGGCAAGACAUGUGAAAUUCCGAACACAGCUAUAUCUGUGGAUUUUGUUGAUGUGACAACAGAUAUUGUUGUCAAAACUGAUGCAGACUUCAUAGAAGAAUUCAAAAACUCAAGUUCUUACAAGUAUAAAGAAUUUAUUAAAAACUUCACAACAGAAAUGGAGAGAGUGUACAGAGCCACAGUGAAAAAUUUUAAAAACAUCACUGUUUUGCGGCUGAGGCCAGGCAGUGUGGUAGUGGAGCAUCAAGUUUUUGUGACAGUUCAGAAUGACAAAAAUCUCACAACGAUGGUUAUUGAGAGCUUCAAGCAAAUCAAAGAAGCUCUUGAUAAACUCAAGAACUGUACAACAGGAGCUGAUGGCUGUCCUCAGCUUUCAAUUAUAGGCGACCCAGAGUAUUUCGAACCAGAAAUUGAUCUAAGCUCGGUAUGUACUGGAGAAAUCAAGGACUUCGGUAUUCACUACACACCAACUGUGCAAGAAGGAGGAGAGAUAUUGUGCAUUUCAGCUUGUGAUGCCAACCAUCCAAGGCCAAAGAACUGUAACAAUGGAACAUGCGAAAUAGGAUUAAGUGGUCCAUUCUGCAUAUGUGAUGAUGCAUACUGGUAUAGUGGGUCAGAAUGCAGUGGAAAAAUCAGGAAGAGGGAUGUUUAUGUUGGUGUGGGAACUGUGGUUGUAUGUGUGGUGUGCUUAAUUGUGUCAUUUGGUCUAUAUGCAAUCUGGCAAAGCCAGAAGGCACGAAGAAUGAAAGAUUGUAAAGUUGAGCAAGUAAAUCAGUGGUUGGAUGAAGAAUUAGAGUGGCCCUCACGAGAGGGGUGGUAUGCUUCCUCUGUGCAUUUAACAGGGGAUGAUAAUACCUCUGAUGGUGGCGGCCUGUUUGGUUUGGAUUUAAAUGGUGGCACAGCUGCUAGCACUUCCAAUUCAGACCUGCCAUCACCUUAUUAUGGUCCUCAGACAAGACAAGUCCAAACAAGGCCAGACACUAUCUAUUAUGACAACAGAUCACAUGACGAGAUGAAUGGAAGGGGGACAGAAACAUUGCUUGGUGAACCACAACUCAACAGCCCAUACACAGACAGGCACUUUAAUAUAAAGACUAGACAGCCCCAGCUCAGAGAUUAUACAGAGAUCUAGUUACGCACCACAAUGAUAUUUGUACUAGACACAAUAAAAUUAUGAAUGGACAUAUGAUAGAACAAUGAAGAACAAGCUUUCCUUUGUGAUGAACAAAUAACUAUCAUACCCUCAAAUUUAUCAGAUCUUAUUAAAGAAAAUAUACAAAUGACAAAAUAAGUAUGUUUAUUUAUACCUCCAUUUGAAAAUGUAUACUGUUGCAAAAUGUACAUAUUUGUUAUCACUUGCACUUUAAACAUUUAAUGUUCUAUUUUUGAUUAAAUAUUUAAUGUGGGUUAUUUAAUGUAACUUUAUUUUUUAUGUCUUAGCUAUUUAUAUUGUAAUUUGUAAUAACAAUAAACUCAUAUUA